UGUUACUCCCACCUGUUCGCUCCAUCCCUCCUCUCUGUAAAAGCAGCUUCACAUGAGCGACAGAGGAGAGAAAAACAGCAGGCGCGCGUAACCGCUCAUCAGUCAGUCACUCACUCAGGGAUUUACCGAAUCUGCAAACCUCAAACAUUUGACUAAAGGUGUCAUAUCCAUCCAAUAAAAAUGGGUUGCUUUGGAUUUUUGAAAAUAAUGAUGUUUCUCUUCAAUGGUAUCAUCUGUCUGGCAGGAGCAGCUAUUCUGGGUGUGGGGAUCUGGGUGAAGGUGGACAGUGGGUCUGUCCUGAGUUUACUGCAGAAUAUACAGGGAGCUCCAGGUGAGCUGGGGCAGGUGUUGAACGUGGGAUACCUCCUCAUCGCAGUGGGCGCUGUGCUGCUCAUCCUGGGCUUCUUGGGCUGCUGUGGAGCGAUCAAAGAGAGCAGGUGUAUGCUGCUGCUGUUCUUCAUCAUUAUUCUGAUUGUGUUCAUUGCUGAAGUCGCUGGAGCAAUUGUGCUGCUGGUUUUUAAGCCUCUGACUGAAAACCUGAUAAAACAGUUGGGAAACGAAGUUGUGAAAAGCCUCAAAAACGAUUAUGGGAAAAAUAAAGACGUCACUGGACUUUGGAACACGACCAUGACCACGCUGAAGUGCUGUGGAUUCAACAACUAUACAGAUUUCACAAAUUCUUACUUUGUGAACGACACCAAGAGUUACCCAGUUCAGUGCUGUUAUAAAGUGCCAUGCAUUGAGAUCACAGCUUUUAAUUCGACUAUACCAGGUUGUUUCCCAGCACUGAAGAAGCUGGUAGAUGAUAAUGCAGUUAUCAUUAUAGCCGUAGCACUGGGAAUAGCUGCUCUUGAGCUUGCAGCGAUGAUUGUCUCCAUGAUCCUGUAUUGCAGAAUUGGAUCAAAAGUGGGUUAAUGUCUCAUCUUUAGCUUGAAUAUCUCUCUGAUGACUCCUCUGGGUUACCGAGGAUGAGGUGGAUCAUCUGUGAUAAUAUCACUGUGACUUUUUUAACCAUUUCGAAUUGUAUCAAACAAUAUUACAUUACAAAUCCAUCUGGGCGUCCUCAAAAAAAAAAAAGAAGGAAAUUUUGACUGUUAAGCCUAAACUUUGAUUGCAAACAUGAGUUUUGAGACAUCCCAUUAUACUGUAGUUAUGUUAAAAUGAGCUGGUUUAAUGCUUAAUGCAUCUGAUUGUGUUUGUUUUGUUUACUUUUUUACUUUGCCUAUGCAAAAUGUUUUCUUAUUUAAAAACAAAAUGCUUUGUUUAAUUGCAUAACACCCAAGGCAUUGUUUUAUAAUUCUGAACACACUGAGGGGUUUUCCCACUGACAUUUAUAUGUGCAAUGACCAAAAAAGGCCAAAUGUUUUCUAACUAAUUCUAAUUUAUUGUAAACAUUUUACAAACCAAAGCAAUUUUACUGAACGUGUAAUAAAGCAAAAUAUUUUAUUUUACAAUCUGUUGUGUAUAAUGUAUUUUACAAAAAAAAAAAAAAAAAAAAAGAUUGUAUCAUGUUGCUAAAAUGUUAUUGUAAGAUGUUUAUUUUGACAGUAACUAUAAAGGCAAUAUUUCAA